CAUACAAAUUAGUGUGGGGUGCAGCAGAGUGCGAAAGAUUGAAAAUGUGUGAGAGGAAAGGCAAUAAAAGAAGGUGCGGGCGACACUUAAGCUCUGAUGUCGACGCCAUGGCAGAGGUGGGAGGGAGCAGGAGCAUCUAGGAUAUAGGGCGGGAGUGAGAGCGAGCGAGAGGAGAAAGGGGAACAGGGGAGGGAACCUGGGCAGGCAAAAACAUCCAGUCUCUGCGUGCGUCUGGAAGACACGAGGAGAACAACUCCUCUGCCACACAUUCGGCGGGCGCGGGUUAGAAAGAGCCAAGCGGACGACUUCAUAGAGCGGAGAGAAAAGAAAAGCAACAGCGCGAGACAGCUUUAGUGGGAAGGACAAUAAGAGGAGAGGGGAGUGCAAGUGAGGCUGUUUGGAACGCCGGUUUCCACGGUGAUAACAUGGGUGCAGUGGUGGGCACUCUGACCAUGCAGACCAAGCAGAGGAGGCCGUCGAGAGAUAAGUUGGACGAUGAGCUAGAGAUGACCAUGGUCUGCCACCGGCCUGAGGGUCUGGAACAGCUAGAGGCGCAGACCAACUUUAACAAGAGGGAGCUGCAAGUGCUUUACCGAGGCUUCAAGAACGAAUGCCCAAGUGGGGUAGUGAAUGAGGAGACAUUUAAACAUAUAUACGCCCAGUUCUUUCCACAUGGAGAUGCCAGUACUUACGCCCACUAUCUGUUCAAUGCCUUUGACUCGGCUCACAAUGGCUCCAUCAAGUUUGAGGACUUUGUGAUGGGUCUGUCUAUCUUGCUACGAGGUUCGGUCCGGGAGAAACUACAGUGGACUUUCAACCUGUAUGACAUUAACAGAGAUGGCUAUAUCAACAAGGAGGAGAUGACAGAAAUCGUCAGAGCCAUUUAUGACAUGAUGGGGAAGUACACCUACCCCGCCCUCAGGGGAGACGUGCCUCAACAACAUGUGGAGGUGUUCUUUCAGAAAAUGGACAGAAACAAAGAUGGAGUUGUUACCUUAGAGGAGUUCAUACUGGCGUGUCAGGAGGAUGAGAACAUGAUGAGAUCUCUUCAGCUCUUUGAGAAUGUCAUUUAGUGGAUACCAGGGACGUCAUGGACAUUAUUCCCUCGUCUCCUACCUCCUUAUAUUUACCUUAUAACUGCACCCUUUUGCUGCCCUCUAUGUGUGGUAACCUGGAAUUGCACCUAUGAAGCUCCUACGUCUGCCGAUAAGGGAGAGCAACUCUCGAGAUUUCAUCGCUGACUUCUCUGGAUUCUUGUCGUCAGAUGGGACUGUUAUUUUGAAACUGAUGAAACUUUUAUUGUACAAAUAUGCUACUUGAUGCUGACCUUGACCUGUGAACUGUUGUCGAAGAAAGAUUUCACACAAGCUUCGUGUUGCGUACACUUAAGGGAGUCUUCUUGCUUGCUGUUUUGUUGUCCUCGUGAUAAAUGUUUUCAGUGUCGGAAUGGCCGUGCUGGUGCUUUUUAGUCCAACUACUGUCAGUUUUUGCUUCCUGCCUUUGACUUGUAGAGGGACCUGUGUUGUGUAAUGCAGGAAUACACAUUAAAUCUCUCCCUUUCAGCCAUAAGGAGAACAACGGCAAAACAAGUACAAGGUCAAUUGUUACAAUGUGCAAAAAUGAUUUUUAAAAGUGUUACGGAUACAUUUUAUUUAUUUAUUUUUUUUGUUUUUUUAAACUUGCUGAGUUCUCAUUGUAGCCCUCAGCUUACAGGAGAAAUUUAAACUUUACAUUUGGAAUAUUUUGUGUCCAGUCUAUUUGUGCCGGUCAUGACAGAGCAUUGCAUGAUAUGGUGGACUGUAUUCUUUCUGGUUCUGGGUACAGUGGGCUUGCAUUGGGAGUCCAGCACACCAAAGGCACAGACUGUUGUGUAGCCCUUACAGAUAACAUGUACUGAUAGCAGUGCUUUUCUAUCAGUUGGGUACUGUUUGCUGAAAUUGUAUGACAAUAUUUUGCUGAAUGUUUAAAAACAAGUGUUGUGUUGUUGUGUAUUUCCCUUUUGCAUGAACUAAAUUUAGAUGGGAAGUGCCUCAUUGCACAGAUAUCUAGAUUUACUGUUUGGACAAUUCACUUAAAUCAGCAAGUUAACAACAUACUGAUGUCUCGUGUGAUCUGCUCUAUCAAUAAUAUCUAAAGACAUGGAUACUUCUAUCAUAUACAAUAGUUUUGGAGUAGAAUAUUUGAAGAAAUAUCACUUUGCUAGUGCAAUGAUAUGCAAAAUCUUAGUGUGUCACCUUCCAUUGAGAAAAUACAGAAAAAAUAUGUCUGCUUUGCAUGGCAAGGGAUUGGAUAGCACCAUUUAAGUUGAACUUAUCCUAAGAUCAUUUAACUGGAUCUAGCACCUUACAGAGAUAUUUGGGGAAAUAUGUCUAAUGAAUAUGUCUAUAUGAAUCAUCAGGCUUUGAGAAUUAAGCAAAAAUUCUCGUGUUCCUUAUGUCUCAUGUUCCAUAUGUUUCUAUUACAUCAGUGGUACAGUAAUAAUAUGGUAAGAGGUCUUACCCAGCCGAUAAUGGCUCAGAAGAUUCACUUCCGGUCAGGACAGAAGCAUAUUUCAGGUUUCUGAAGGGGACCCACCAUAAUGUCCUGUUUUUCUUACAAUUAAGGGCUGAAAUAGGACAUCCCAUAUUACUUAAAUCUGAUAAAAAAAUGUCUCUGACCAUACAUUAUUCCCCUGUAAAAUGACUGUAGAGAGACAAAAAGAUUUGAAAAUCUCGUAUUGUUUAAGAGCUGACCAAUAAGACUUUAGGUAUUUAAACAAGGACAGCAUCUUUCUGUUCACUGGUGGGCGUAACUUUUCACUGUAUCAUUACGUUAAGGAGGAACCGCGAAUGUGUUCCUGUGGUCCUAAUUAAGUUGGUCUGAUGCAGUGACAUAUUUGUCUUCUAGCCAAAGCAGCCAAAGAAAAAGGAACAAAUAAACAGAACUGUCACCACUGACAUUUUUAUUUAGUGCUAGAUAACACUGAAUCGAUGCAUUUAAUCCCUGGUAAAAGUGCAGUUUCUGUGCCAUGUGUAACAUGGAUUAUACAGCAUAACAUUUGGUGGGCAGAUGGAUAACAUAUUUUGGUGUUGGGAUGUUAUAUAAAUUAUGUCAAUAUAAUAAACCUUUGAAAUGAUUGUA